CAUCGCCAUGCGCCGUUCUGUUCAAGUUGUUUUGGGCAUAUCUGCCGCUCUCCACAGUUCUUUCCGCCAUCGUCGCAAUCUGGUAUACGUGCCUCGGUAUCUUUCCAAUCCCUUCGCUCCUUCCAACAUCUCACCAGGGCUUGGCAACCUACAUGGAGCAGGUCCCGUUCAGCUGGGACGUAUAAGAUGAGCACAAGCUUUCCAGUUUUUCUCUCAUCGCAUGCUGAUCACCGACCUUCUCAUUUUCUUCUCUUCAUCUUCUCUUCAUCUUCUCUCCCUCUUCUCUAGUAGUCCAUCCACACUUAUCUCGCCAUGGCGCAAGACAUUGAGAAGCACGGAAUGAACAUGAUGGAGGACGUCGGCACCGUCGUGUCCAAGGACGGCUCCAUCGAGUCCGAAUUCACCCUGGAAGAGCAAAAACGAAUAAUUCACCGCGUCGACCGGCGUCUUGUCAUCACAGUGGGCUUCCUGUACUGCGUUUCUUUGAUGGAUAGGACGAAUUUGGGUUCUGCUUCGAUCGCUGGUAUGACUAAAGAGCUGAAGUUAGCCAUUCCUUUUGGCGAUGUUAGCAGAUACUCUGUUGUAACCCUUGUCUUUUUCACCACCUAUGUGGUAUUUCAGCCCCCGUCUACCAUAAUCGUCCGGAAGCUCGGUCCUCGAAUCCAUCUGUCAACCAUCACAUUGUUGUGGGGUGCUGUGAUGAUUGGCAUGGGGUUUGUCAAUGAUUGGAAGGACCUUGCUGGACUCCGUGUCAUUCUUGGUAUCCUCGAGGCCGGAUUUUUCCCCAGUUGUGUAUACUUAUUAAGCACAUGGUACACUCGCUACGAUGUCGGAAAGCGCUACUCAUGCUUCUAUAUUCUCGGGAGCCUUGCUUCUGCGUGCGCCGGUAUAUUAGCAUUCGGUCUUAUGCAAAUGAAGGGCCUCCAAGGCCUCGGUGGAUGGCGAUGGAUUUUCAUCAUUGAAGGAACCUUAACUUGUGUGUUGGGAAUAGUCUGCUACUGGUUCCUUGUGGAUUUCCCCGACCAGGCACACAAGUCAUACAAGUUCCUGAAUGAACGAGAGACAAAAUUCAUCAUCGACCGCGUAAACAAAGACCGAGGUGAUGCCGGAGUCCAGCCAUUCUCUGCUGCCAAGUUCUUCCGUGCUGGUCUUGACCUGAAGAUCUGGGGCUAUGCGAUGAUCUUCUUUGAUACGACAUGCGUCACGUAUGCCCUCGCUUAUUUCUUGCCUAUCAUUCUCACAGAGAAUAUGGGUUUCAGCGUUGGAGCUUCUCAGUGCUUGGUCGCUCCACCCUACGCACUCGCAGCCAUUGUCAUGUACGCCACAGGCUGGCUGGGCGAUAAGUACAAGAUCCGUGGCCCAAUCAUCUGCUUCAACAUGCUCCUUUGCUUGAUUGGUCUCCCCAUCAUGGGAUUCCACAAGAACGCUGGGGUCCGGUAUUUCGGUGUCUUCCUCACAACAGCCGGCGCAAAUUCGAAUGUUCCGGCAACGAUGGCAUAUCAAGCGAAUAAUAUCCGAGGUCAAUGGAAGCGUGCCUUCUGCUCUGCUACGCUUGUAGGAUUCGGUGGAUUUGGUGGCAUUGCAGGCAGCCUUAUCUUCAGAGCCCAGGAUGCUCCUGAGUAUCACCCAGGCCUAUAUGCAUGCAUCGCUUGCUGUCUCCUCACUAUUGUUAUCGUCGGUCUCGAGACCAUUGUUUUCGUUCGCCAAAACGGGAAAGCAGCCCGGGGUGAGAUUGAGUUGGAGGACAGCGAUGAGGACCACCAGAAAGGAUUCAGAUAUACAUACUGAUUUUGCCAGUUAAAAUGGGUGCGUACGGGUUAUAUUUAAUAGGUCCCAUGGCGAUAGGUUUGGACCUCGGCUAAGGGGUAGACGAUAUUCAUGAUGAGAAAUUGGAAUACUUGCCGCUUAACCAGAAUCUUACAUCGAAAUGUAAUGAACCGCUGCAUCUUAUGCAUUCGUUGGUAACGAGACGAAUCUUUGCAGCAUCAAUAUUCAACAUAUUCCCUCAUGCCACCGUACUUAGGCCAAAUGCAAGUGAAAUCCUUCAAGCUGCCGUGUCUUUUGAAGUUGCG